AAUGCAGCGGAAACGUUGGUUGGAAACUGCUGUAUAAAGUACUAAAGAAGAAGAAGAAGAAGACCAGGAAGCCGAAUUCAUCGUGUUGCAGCUGGUUGUUUGUAGGCAAAAAUUUGGUUGUCGAACUUCGGUAUAGUUUCAUUUCGUGACAUACAAGCUAGAAUCCAAGUUGCUGAAAUGGAGAUGGAGGACAAAUCCAGCCUGCUGUUCUCCUUCCACACUGAGAUCAAACAAGAACCACUAGAUGCUGAUUGUGAUAGUAAAGCUCAGUGUUCAUUGGUGGAUUCAGAGAUGACAUCAGUGAAGCAGGAAGACAAAAGUCAAAUACUGGGACUGAAUGUUAAAAUAAAAAAUGAAGAAGAGGAGAAGAUUUUGGGGAGUUUAAUUAGUCAAGAUGUGAUUGCUGAAGUUCAAACUUUUACUACAUCUGGAGAGAAACAACAGAAAGACUGCAAAGAUAAGAAGUCUCACCGCUGCCCCCACUGUGGAAAAUGUUUCCAAUUUAAUUGUGUGUUAAAGAAACACAUUAGCAUACAUACAAGAGAGAAGUCUUACUCCUGUUCUGUUUGUGGGAAGAAUUUCUUUCAUUUACAUACCCUUAAGGCUCAUCAGGGCAAACAUACGGGAGGGAAACCUCAUUGCUGUUCUGAAUGUGGGAAGUGUUUCUCUCAAUUAGGUUGGCUUAAAAGGCACCAGCACAUAUACACUGCAGAGAAACAUGACUCUGGUUCUAACUGCGGGAAAGGUUCCGUUACAUCAUCUGAACUUACUAGCUAUAUGAUGGUGCACACAGCAGAUAAGCCUUACUGCUGUUCUGACUGUGGGAAGGGUUUCUCUAGACUAAGUAGGCUUAAAGGUCACCAGCGCAUACACACAGGAGAGAAACCUUAUUGCUGUUCUGACUGUGGGAAGAGUUUUUCUCACUUUGAAAUGCUUAAAGGUCACCAGCGCAUACACACUGGAGAGAAACCAUAUUGCUGUUCUGUCUGUGGGAAGAGUUUUUGUAAGUCUGGUGGGCUUAAAGUUCACCAGCGUAUACACACUGGAGAGAAGCCUUUUUGCUGUUCUGACUGUGGGAAGUGUUUCUCUCAAUUAAAUGUUCUUAAAAUUCACCAGAGUAUACACACUGGCGAGAAACCAUGCUCUUGUUCUGAUUGUGGGAAAGGUUUCAAUUCACCAGCUCAACUUAUUAGCCAUCAGAGAGUGCACACAGGAGAGAAGCCUUAUAUCUGUUCUGAUUGUUGGAAAAGUUUCAGAACUAUAGAUAUGCUUAAAAGGCACCAGCACAUACAUACCGGAGAGAAACCAUACUCUUGUACUGACUGUGGGAAAGGUUUCAUUACAUCACCUGAACUUAUUAGCCAUCAGAGAGUGCACACAGGAGAGAAGCCUUACUCCUGUUCUGACUGUGGAAAGAGUUUUUCUCAAUCACGUGUUCUUAAAUAUCACCAGCGCAUACACACUGGAGAGAAACCUUAUAGCUGUUCUGACUGUGGGAUUAGUUUCUCUCAAAUAGGUAAGCUUAGAAGGCACAAGUACAUACACACUGGAGAGAAACCUUACUCUUGUUCUGAGUGUGGGAAAGGUUUCAUUACAUCAUCAGAACUUAGUCUCCAUAAGAGAGUGCACACAGGAGAGAAGCCUUUCUCCUGUUCUGAGUGUGGGAAGAGUUUCUCUCAGUUACGUAGGCUUAAAAGGCACCAGUACUUGCACUCUGGAGAGAAACGUUACUCUUGUUCUGACUGUGGGAAAUAUUUUAAAACAUCAUCUCAGCUUGCUAACCACAAGAAAGUGCACACAGGAGAGAUGCCUUACUCCUGUUCUGACUGCGGGAAGGGUUUCUCUAGGUUACGUAGCCUUAAAGAUCACAGGUGUAAACACACGUGAGGUUAACUUUACUGUUAUAACAGAGACGAAAGGUUUCGUUACAUCACCUGAACUUUCUAGACAGGGUGAACAAAGGAGAGAAACCUCACUCUGGUUUUGACUGUGGGAGUUUCCCUCAAAAUACAAUACUCCAAAUAAAUGAAAGGAACACUUAAAUCACACAUCGGGUCUCGAUGAACUAAAUAUAUUAAAGGCCUACAUCUUUACUGUAUGUUGUGUAAUUCGUUGAGAACAAAAUGUAACAACAGUCAACGGAAUUCAAAAUCAACCGACUGAGGGCUGUAUUCAAACUCACACUGAAAAUCAAAGUAAACAAUUGGAAGUCACAGGCUGUUCCAACUCAUAAUGUUAC